AUAUUUUCUCUCAACAAGAGAUCAUUUUUUGCAGUGUAGCAGACGAAAUCCAACCACUAAAGGACUGUGAAGUAGGACUUCUUAUAGGCUACAAUUGCUCCAGAGCCAUGGCACCAAGGCAGGUCAUCCUAGGAGGAGAUGAGGAACCCUGUGCAAUAUGGACAGACUUAGGAUGGACUAUUGUGGGGCGCUCAUCCCAAGGCCAUGAUCCGUUGAGCACAAGUCGCCUGUGCCACAAAAUCACGGUUAAAGAGCUGCCUCUGGUAACUUCUGCCAAUGCUAUUUGCAUUCUAGAAUCUGACUUCAAGGAUGGCAGUGAAGACAGCAAAGCAGUGUCACAAGAUGACAUCGCCUUCCUCCAUAAGCUAGAUGAGGGUAUACGGAAAAACACGCAUGGCCACUAUGAAAUGCCCCUGCCCUUCAAAAACAGACCUAGCUUGCCUGAUGAUAAAGACUCAGCCACGAUAUGCCUCAACCACCUGAAAAGGAAACUGCAAUGGGACGAAAGGUAUAAGGAGUGGUAUGUCGAGUUCAUGGAGGAGGUAAUCGAGAAGGGAGAUGCAGAGCAGGUUGAAGAUGGUGGGAGUGAAGGUGAGAGAUGGUACAUUCCCAAUCACGGUGUUCGUCAUGCAAAGAAGCCGGAAAAGCUUCGCAUAGUGUUCGAUUGCGCCGCCAGAUGCAAAGGAACCAGCCUAAAUGACCAACUCCUCUCUGGUCCUGACAUGCUGAACAAGUUGAGUGGUGUUCUCAUUUGCUUUUGACAACACCCUGUUGCUCUGAUGUGCGACAUUGAAAAAAAUGCUCCAUCAAUUUCAUGUGUAUGAGGCUGUUCGCAACUACCUGUGCUUUCUCUGUCGGAAGCAAGGAGACUUGAACUCACCACCCAGCAAGCUCCGGAUGAAGGUGCAUCUGUUUGGUGCUGCUUCCUCUCCUGGAUGUACAAACUAUGGGCUGAAGCAUCUAGCUAAAGAGAAUAGCAACCUCUACCCUAAAGGCUCCCGGUUCAUCAUGAGGGAUUUUUAUGUAGACUACGGGCUUGCCAGUGUUGAAAGCACUGAAGAUGCUAUUCAGCUUGCCAGAGAAGCUUGCAAACUGUGCACCACGGGUGGACUGCGACUACACAAGUUUGUGUCGAACGACAGAGACAUUCUAGAGAGUAUACCAGAAUGAGCAACUAAUGUGAAAAAUAUGGACCUCACCUUUGACAACCUGCCACUUGAGAGUCCUAGGGAUUCAAUGGGAUGUGGAAUCCGACCACUUCCGGCUUAACGUCAGUCUAAAGGAUCAGCCUGCAACACGCUGCGGCAUCCUAUCUGUAGUGGCUUCCUUGUAUGACCCUCUCGGGUUUGUGGCGCCUGUUCUGCUCAAAGCGAAGCUCAUUCUUCAGGAGAUGUGUAGGCGACGCACAGGCUGGGAUGAUCCUCUCCCAGAUGAACUUUGUCCAAAAUGGGAACAGUGGAGAAGUGAUCUAGCCCAAUUAGAUAAUGUUACCGUAUCCUAUACCUACUCACCUGCUGGACUUGGAAAGGUCACAAAGACAGAGCUGCAUCAUUUCUCGGAUGCUAGCCUUAAGGGUUAUGACCAGUGCUCGUACUUGAGACUUCAAAAUGAAGAGGGAGAUGUUCACUGUGCCUUAGUUGUAGGAAAGGCACGUGUCUUACCAUCCAAGGUCAGAACUGUUCCGACAUUGGAACUAACAGCCGCAGUUGUUGCUGUGAAGAUAAGCAACAUGCUCAAGGACGAAUUUGCAUCUACUGGGACUGCGGAGUUCUUCUGGACUGAUUCUAAGGUGAUCUUAGGAUACAUCAACAAUGAAGCAUGACGAUUCCACACCUUUUGUGGCUAAUCGUGUUCAGAAGAUUCAUCUCAGCUCGCCCCCUCAGCAAUGGAGAUGCGUCCUAACCAAUGAGAAUCCUGCUGACCAUGCUUCUAGGGGCUUGACUCCCAGCGAGCUUCGUUCAUCCACCUGGCUCACUGGACCCAAGUUCUUAUGGAACAAGGAAAUGAAACUGCCUGUUGUUGAGAUUCCAGAGUUAAUGAUCAGAGAUCCAGAGAUCAGAAGUGCUCUAGUGCUUGGCACAAGAACCACAGAAUGAGUAAGCCUUGUUGAUUGCUUGUCUAAGCUCUCAUCUUGGUCACUGGCUACUCAAGCUGUUGCAUGCAUACUAAGGUGCAUCAGCAAGAACAGAUCAAACAGUCUCACCACUGUAACAGAAUGAGAACAUGCAGAACAUUGCAUAAUCAUAGACCUGCAGAAAAAUGUGUAUCAAGAGGAGUUGAAACUGCUGAGCAAAGGGAUCCCCCUACCAUCUCAAAAUCCAUUAUACUCACGCAUCCUCAGGGUGGGAGGUAGGCUGUGCAGCUCUCCUCUUCCCGACUCCGUCAAGCACCCUGCAAUCAUCCCCAAGGAUCAUCACAUUGCAAAGAUGAUCAUUGCUCAUCACCAUGAAAGGAUGAAACAUCAAGGCAAAGGUCUUACCAUUAAUGACAUCGGGUCCCAUGGAUUCCUGGCAUCACUCGGGCAGUAGCAUCCUACAUUUGUCAGUUCAUUACCUGUAGACUGCUUCGGAAACCAACGGAAGAGCAAAGGAUGGCUGAUCUACCCCCUGAAUGUGUGGAACCAUCAUCCCCCCCCUUUACCUUCUGUGGAAUGGACUACUUUGGUCCAUUUUUUACAAAGCAGGGUAGAAAGGAGAACAAGAGGUGUAUGGUCUUCUCUUCACUUGCCUUAGCCCCCGCGCCAUCCAUAUUGAGAUGCUCGAUGACAUGUCCACCGACGCCCUCAUAAAUGACCUACGAUGCUUUAUUGCCAUACGUGGCACUGUUCGUCAAAUCAAGUCUGAUCAAGGAAGCAACUUUGUUGAAGCCAAAAAUGAACUCGAAGAAGCUCUAAAAGAAGUCAGUGCAGACUGGCUGGCUGCAUUUCUUGCGGACAAAAAAUGCGAGUUCAGCAUGAAUGCACCCUAUUCGAGGCAUGUUGGAGGGGUGUGGGAGAGACAGAUUAGAACAGUGAAGGGCAUCCUAAGGCCACGCUUGCUCUUCUGGUAGGCUAAAUGAUGCUUCGCUACGAGCUUUCCUCUAUGAAGCUAUGGCAAUCGUCAACAGCCGUCCACUGACUGUUAACAACCUCAGUGACGCCCCCCCCACACACACACACACAGCCUCGAGCCACUCACCCCAAUCAUCUCCUAACUAUGAAAUCUGUCAAGGCCUUGCCUCCUCCAGGUGAGUUCAUCAGAGAAGACAUGUAUAGCAAGAAAAGGUGGCGACAUGUUCAAUACCUGGCAGAACAGUUUUGGAGUCGAUGGCGAAAGGAAUACCUGGCCAACAUUGCCCUCAGACAGCGCUGGCAUACUCCCAGGAGAAAUCUGCAAGUUGGAGAUAUCGCAAUUAUGAAAGGAGAGGAUGUGCACAGGAACGAGUGGAGGUUGGGCAGAGUUCCAGAAACCACUACUGACAAAGACGGACUAGUAAAGAGAGUUAAGGUCUGCCUCGGUGACAGGAAGCUUGGCAAGAAAGAGGAGCAUCUCCACAAGAUGUCUGAAGUGGAACACCCAGUCCAGAAGCUAGUCUUGCUGCUGGAGACUGAUGAAGCCUGUUCACCCUAUAGUUAAUAAUACCUUCUAGCUAUAGGUUGUAAGCUCAUAGUUCAUGGUUUAAAAGGGUUUUCCACCUUCUAAACAAGUUAUUUGUAUAGGGAAGGUCAUUUUCAGUUUGAAAUCAUUCGUGCCUAAUGUAAAUUGUAUACUGUUCCAUUAUUUACUCAUGAUUGGUGGGAGUGUAAAUGACUCUUAUUGACGGUAUAUAAGCAAGUUAUCUACUUCCUGUAAGUUUUAUUUUUGUUAGUGCCUUUUACGUUUUCAGGUCUUAUUUUGAAGCCCUUCUGGCAUACUCUCAUCUGAGAGUCAGCAACUUGCCUAUAGGCGUUCACACAUGAACGGCAGCUAAUUGAAGAGUGGACGGAAGGAAAAGGUGUUUUGAAGACGUUGCCUUGCAAUGUAAAGUUUCAUUAUGGAUAAUUAAGCACCUAGCUGGAAAUGGGAACAAGCUCUUAGGGUGUUUGUGAAGAAAGGUUGUGAAGGAAAGGAAGUAUAUUUGUGUGCAAAUUAAGGAUGACGGCUGAACAUAAAUGCUUCUUGAAACAUCAACUGUGAAGUUUGCAAAUCCUUCUACCUCAACAAAUGCGAGGUUCAUGGACCACCCCUCUUCAUCCCCGAUACUCCUGUUCCCAUGGGAGUCCCUGACCGAGCCAGACAAACACUUCCUCCUGGGCUAGAAAUCCAGAAGUCCAGUAUUCCUGAUGCAGGCCUGGGAGUGUUUAAUAAGGGGGAGACUGUUCCAGUAGGUGCACACUUCGGCCCCUGCCAGGGAGAGCUGGUGAACCGAGAGGAAGCCAAGAACAGUGGAGACUCCUCAGUUGUAUACAGGAGCAUGCAGUGUGAAGAAUACAUCGAUGCCAAAAGAGAGACGCAUGUGAAUUGGAUGAGGUAUGUGAAUUGUGCCCGUAAUGAAGAAGAACAGAAUCUUGUGGCAUUUGAGUAUCAAGGGGGAAUUCUGUAUCGUUGCUGUCGAUCCAUUAACCCAGGACAGGAGCUCUUGGUGUGGUAUGAAGAGGAGUACACCAAAGAACUCAGUCCUGCACCUACAGGAACAACCAGACAGCAAGAAGGAAAGAACACUCUGCUGCAAGUCUUUUCCUGCUCCACAUGCCCUCGUUCCGAUGCAUCUCAAAUUUACCUCGACAAGCAUAUCCAGAGAUGCCACUAUGAAGAGUACAUGAGACUGCGAGAAUCAGGAGAAAUUAAAUAUAAGCUUCAGAUCCCCUCCAAACGCUCCAGUCGUCAACCAACAUCAACUGAUAUUAUCCAUUCUGAUACUUCCCAUAAUGAUAUACAGAAGGAAAUUCACCACUCCUCAGAUUGUAGAAAGAGUUUUAGUUAUCAGAAUGCACUCAAGACACACCAGCGCAUUCACACAGCAGGAGAUCCACAUCACUGCUCACAGCGUGGUAGGAAUUUUACUUACCAGAGUGCUCUCAAAACACAACGGCGCGUUCACACAGGAGAGAAGCCGUAUCACUGCUCACAGUGUGGGAAGGGUUUUACUCAUCAGAGUCAUCUCCAACGGCACCAGCACAUUCACACAGGAGAGAAGCCACAUCACUGCUCACAAUGUGGAAAGAGUUUUACGAGUCAGAGUGAUCUCCAACAACACCAGCAGAUUCACACAGGAGAGAAGCCGCAUCACUGCUCACAGUGUGGGAAGAGUUUUACUCAGCAGAGUAAUCUACAAACACACCGGCGCAUUCACACAGGAGAGAAGCCGUAUCACUGCUCACAGUGUGGGAAGAGUUUUACUCGUCAGAGUGAUCUCCAACGACACCAGCGCAUUCACACAGGAGAGAAGCCGUAUCACUGCUCACAGUGUGGAAAGAGUUUUACUUGUCAGAGUCAUCUCCAACGACACCAGCGCAUUCACACAGGAGAGAAGCCGUAUCACUGCUCACAGUGUGGGAAGAGUUUUACUAGUCAGAGUGAUCUCCAACAACACCAGCGCAUUCACACAGGAGAGAAGCCGUACCACUGCUCACAGUGUGGGAAGAGUUUUACUCAGCAGAGUCAUCUCCAAAAACACCAGCGCAUUCACACAGGAGAGAAGCCGUAUCACUGCUCACAGUGUGGGAAGAGUUUUACUCAGCAGUGUGCUCUCCAGCGACACCAGCGCAUUCACACAGGAGAGAAGCCGUAUCACUGCUCACGGUGUGGGAAGAGUUUUACUCAGCAGAGUCAUUUCCAAAUACACCAGAACAUUCACACAGGAGAGAAGCCGUAUCACUGCUCACAGUGUGGGAAGAGGUUUACUCGUCAGAGUCAUUUCCAAAUACACCAGCGCAUUCACACAGGAUAGAAGCCGUAUCACUGCUCACAGUGUGGAAAGAUGUUUGCUUGUUUAGUUACAUUUAAGACCUUCAAGUGCACUAACUCAGAGACAUUGCAUGAUUUAAAGUUGUCAAAUUAAAUAUGGUUAUUACAGUUUUGACUGAAAAUGACCUGUACUUUGAACUUUAUUGUUCAUGUUAUACUGGUCAACAAUUUUUCAGAAGUUGUCUGCAUCAGAGAUGAAAUUGGCUAUUAUGAAAUUUGGUGUGUUGAAUUAGAAGUGACAGUUAAUCAGCUGAUUGGCUAUGGCUUCCAAGAUAUUUAAGAUUUUAAAUUUUAUACUUAUGUACAUUGUAUCGAUCGUAAUGUUUUAAAUAUAAUCAAAUCAAAUAUUAUCAAAUCCAUAAAGAGAUGCUUUGUAAUUAUAAUUAUGAAAUUCGUAAAGCAAGACAGUCUUUCUUCUCCAACAUCAUCAGCAGGAAUAUGAACAAUGCCCGUGUGCUAUUUUCAACAGUAGAGAAGCUAACUAAUGCCCCACCACAAUUAGCACCUGAACUUCUAUCAGUUAAUAAAUGCAAUGAGUUUCCAUCUUUUUUCAAAGGUAAAAUUGAUGAAAUAAGGCAGAAUAUUUCUCAUAAUGUAUCUCAGUUGCAAAAAAUUGAAAAACUGCAAUCACCAAUGACACAGAUAGAUAACUUUAACACAAUGUCAGAAUUUUGUUUAAUUGAUUAUGAGACUCUUGAAAAAACUGUACAAAAUCUCAGUUCUUCAACAUCUGAACUGGACAUUCUGCCCACCAACUUUAAGUCUGUUCUUCAUCUUAUAAUUACAGAUGUGCUUCAAAUUAUAAAUACAUCCUUGGAGACUGGCGUUGUUCCUGUGUCCCUAAAAAAAAGCUGUUGUAAAGCCCCUUCUUAAAAAAAUAAUCUAGAUCCUUCAGUGUUAAAUAACUACAGGCCAGUAUCAAAUCUACCAUUCAUCGGGAAAAUCCUGGAAAAAAUUGUCUUCAAUCAAUUAACUGCCUUCUUGAUAUCAAACAGCCGUUUUGAUAAUUUUCAGUCAGGAUUUCGUGCCAAUCAUAGCACUGAAACAGCGCUGAUUAAAGUUAUAAAUGACAUACGUCUUAAUACUGAUGCAGGCAAAACAUCGGUCCUGGUAUUACUGGACCUCAGUGCAGCUUUUGAUACUGUUGAUCACAACAUACUGCUAUAUCGACUUGAACACUGGGUUGGAUUGACUGGUAAAGUUAUCAAUUGGUUAAAAUCUUACUUAAAAGAUAGAAGCUUCUUUGUUACCCUGGGAAAUUGUUCCUCAACGUCAAUGCCCUUGACCUGUGGUGUCCCCCAGGAGUCGAUUCUUGGACCAUUACUUUUCAACCUUUAUAUGCUCCCACUUGGGCAAAUUAUCAAUAAAAAUUCAAUUUUGUAUCACUGCUAUGCAGAUGAUACCCAAAUUUAUUUUGCUCUAUCACCUAAUGACUAUGCCCCCCUUGAAUGUCUCUACCAGUGUAUCGAUCAAAUCAAUAGCUGGAUGUCUCAAAAUUUUCUUCAGCUGAACACAGAUAAAACAGAAGUAAUUCUAUUUGGAAAAAAAGACGAAAGACUCAGGAUUACCACUAUUCUUGACACAAAAGGGAUUAAAACUAAAGAAAUGGUUAAAAAUCUUGGUGUUUUCAUUGACAGCAAGCUAAACUUUGACAGUCACAUGAAAGCAAUCACUAAAACGGCAUUUUAUCACCUAAAAACAUUUCCAAACUAAGAGGACUUGUCAAAAAAUGAUCUGGAAAAACUAAUACAUGCCUUCAUCUCUAGUAGGGUUGAUUACUGCAAUGGCCUUUUCACAGGCUUGCCAAAAAAGACCAUCAAACAACUUCAGCUGGUUCAAAAUGCAGCGGCGAGGGUUCUCACACGAACAAAAAGAACAGAGCACAUUACUCCAAUUCUAAGGUCCCUUCACUGGCUUCCAGUAAGCUACAGAAUUGACUUUAAAGUAUUGCUGCUGGUAUACAAAUCUCUAAAUGGUACAGGGCCCAAUUACCUCUCUGAUAUGUUGCAGCGGCCUAACCCAAUCAGAUCUACCAGAUCGUAACAGAAAAAUUUACUAUUAAAACCAGUUGUUAAAACAAAGUGUGGUGAAGCAGCUUUUAGCUACUAUGCAGUACAUCUAUGGAACCAACUGCCAGAGGACAUUAAAAAUGCUCCUGUUGUUGGCAGCUUCAAAUCUAGGUUAAAGACCAAGCUGUUUUCAGAUGCUUUCUGUUAAAUAAUUAAUAUUUUUACAUUUUUUAUAAUCUUUACUUUCUCUGCAUGUUUUAAAUUUACUUUAAUUGUAUUCUAUUUUAUUCCACUGGUUUCUUUUUCUUUUUCUCCUUUUUUCUUUUUGGCAUUUUAUUAUUUUAUUUCUA